AUGGCUGUCCUUAACCUUGUCACUUUGGCUUUGGCCCUUUCUUCUCAGGCCAUGGCCCGGCCUCGCCCACAGUUUGGCAACGGCGGCGAUGCCCAAACACCCGGUGCUGGUCUCGGCGGUUCUCUCCCUACCGCCCUUCCCAGCGGUGGCUCUGGCCUCAUUCCUUCUGGCUUUCCCAGCCUAGGAGGUGGUAAUGGAGGUGCCAUCCCAACCCCUGGCAGUGGCUUCAACUUGCCCGGCAGCGGUAGUGGUAACGAUGCUCCUGCUACCACACCAGGCACUGGCGGUGGCUUCUUUGGCGGUGGCAGUGGCGGUGGCAUUCCCGGCCUUGGCAACCUCCCAUUCUUUGGAGGAGGUAACGGAGGCAACGGUGGUAGUAGCAGAGGUGGCUUCUUCGGCGGUGGCGGUAACACCAACACUCCCCCCGCCGCAGCUCCAAGCGGUGGUCUGCUUGGAGGAAAUGAUGGCAACACCGGCGGUGGUGCUUCUGUCCCCGCUCCCAUUCAAACUCCGGGCACCGGAGGUGGUGUACAAGGUGCAUCCUUUCGAGGCCGUGGUCGAUCUCGUAACCAAGACUCGCCUUCGACCCCUGGAGGCAGUGGUAACUCUCAGGGUGGAAACGGCGGCGGCCUUAGCGGAAAUCAGCCGAGCGGUGCCAUCCCUACCUUCUCUGCCGGACCUGGCAACGGUUUCGGCGAGGGAGGCAAUGGUGGAAAUGGAGGAAACGGCGAUGCCACUGAGGCUCCUGUCGCUCCCACUCUUGUCCCUACCCCAGGCAGUGGGCUCGAGGGCCCAGGCACUGCUCCCAGCGGCGUCAUCCCUACUUUCGUUGCUGGACCAGGAAACGGUUUCGGCAACAGCCCUAGCACCCCUAGCGCUCCCAUUCAGACUCCUGGUAGCGGAAACCAGCCUGGCGGUGGUCUAGGUGGAAGCCAGCCCAGUGGUACCAUUCCUACUUUCGUUGCUGGACCCGGCAAUGGUUUCGGUGAGGGCGGCAACUCUGGCAGCCCUGACACUCCCAUCCAGACACCCGGCAGUGGAAGCUCAACCGGAGAUGACCUCACUCAGCCUGGUAGCGGAAGUGGAAACGGCAGCGGUAACGACAGCGGUAACGGCAGCGGAAAUGGCGGUGAUCAGACUCAGCCCAGUGGUGUCAUUCCCACCUUCGUCGCUGGACCUGGUAACGGUUUCGGUGGUGGUAACGGUGCUGUCACUACCCCUACUCCCGGUGCUGGCCUGGGUGGCGGUAACAACAACACCCCCGAUGUCCCUGAGACUCCCGUUCAGAUCCCAGGAGCCGGUAGCGGCAGCGGAAGCCAGCCUGGAGGUGCUAUCCCAACCUUCGUUGCUGGCCCCGGCCAAGGCUUCGGUGGUGGCGAUGGCCAGAACGGAGGCUUCCAGAAGCGAGCUCGAUCCUCUCAGUAA